GUCUGAAAGCCAGACAAAGGCAAUGUGAGAUUGUCUCUCUGUCCCUGCAGCAUCCACACCCUCCUAGUGCUAGACAUUCGGGGCCUUCUACAAUCAAACUCUGCUGAAGCCACCAUACAUCCUCCAACCUGGUUUAAAUCUUGAAACAUGGAGCUAGAUUUUGGACACUUCGACGAAAGAGACAAAUCCUCCCGGACAACAAAAGGACCCCGCAUGAAUGGACUGCCGAGCCCUACUCACAGUGCCCACUGCAGUUUCUACCGCACUCGCACCUUGCAAACACUUACCAGUGAGAAGAAGGCGAAAAAGGUGCGCUUCUACCGCAAUGGUGACCGCUAUUUUAAGGGCAUCGUAUACGCAGUAGCCACGGACAGAUUCCGUACUUUUGAUGCUCUUCUGGCAGAUCUCACUCGCUCCUUGUCUGACCAUAUUAACCUGCCACAAGGUGUCCGUUUCAUUUUUACUAUUGAUGGCAACCACAAAAUUACAUCCAUGGAUGAACUGGAGGAAGGGGAAAGCUAUGUUUGUGCAUCAGAGAACUUCUACAAAAAGGUAGACUACACCAAGAAUGUCAAUCCCAAUUGGUCAGUGAACGUCAAAGCAUCUGCUAACCAGAAAGGCUCGCAGUCACUGGCUAGUGCUAAAGGAUCCAAUGAAUUUAAGGAAAGUAAGGAUUUUGUACGGCCCAAGCUAGUCACCGUCAUGAGAAGCGGAGUCAAGCCACGGAAGGCUGUGCGUGUCCUCCUCAACAAGAAGACGGCACACUCCUUUGAGCAGGUGCUCACUGACAUUACGGAGGCCAUCAAGCUAGAAAGUGGAGUCGUUAAGAGGAUAUAUACCUUGGAUGGCAAACAGGUUACAUGUCUUCAGGACUUCUUUGGGGAUGAUGACGUCUUCAUUGCAUGUGGGCCAGAAAAAUUCAGAUAUGCCCAGGACGACUUUUCACUUGAUGAAAAUGAGUGCAGAGUGAUGAAAGGAAAUCCAACUAAAGGAGGACCACCUACUCAGAAAGGCUCGCUCAAGGGUCCAGGAUCUACAAGGAGCAGCAAGUCACCAGUUGAAUCAACUAAUGGCACAUCAAGCAGCCAGCUUUCAACCCCAAUUUCCAAGCAGUCUCCCAUCUCUACACCCACCAGUCCUGGAAGUCUUCGCAAGCACAAGGACCUGUACCUUCCACUGUCACUCGAUGACUCUGACUCGCUUGGAGAUUCGAUGUAGAGAGGAAGCCAGAGAAUGGAGAAGAAAAGCAAAAUCGAGUUCAGAAUCUCGUCUGCUGAAUGCAGUGCUAAAUUUGGUGCUGAAAACAUUCAAAACACCAAAAGGAAGUCAAAAAUAUCUUUCUUUCUUUCUUUCUUUCUUUCUUUCUUUCUUUCUUUCUUUCUUUCUUUCUUUCUUUCUUUUCCUAUUUUAUCUUGUAAAAGAAACACUGCCUAAUAAGUGAUUAGCUGCCUGGAAUGCAUUAAUGUAAUGUUUGGGUGAUGCACUUUUGCUUUAAAGUAUGCAGUGCCAUGAUUGUCCAGACCAACGGCUAUGCUGAUUGUUUUGUACUAAAAUCAAUUUCCAAUUACACAUGCAAAGUAAAGAUCUCAAAUUACUGAAUGCAUUUUACGAUGCUUGAGAAGACAUUUGGGUAAAUCAUGGGAGCAAACAGUUGACAGGUCGUAAUGCAACCAUAGACUGCACUAUAAAAAAUAAAAAGUGUAAUACACAUUGGGGUUAAUUUCAGAAGUUAAAAGUUGGGAGUAAAAUACAUUUUAUAAAAAUCACAUGUUCCAGCGCAGAAACCAAAUGCUGGUAUAGUUUAUUCAGAUUAUUAAAAAUGCUUUCACAAUGAAAAGCAGUCUUACUUUUUAUGGCGUACCUAAAUCUUCCUGUGGUGUUCCUUAUAUUUGAAUAAGCAUCCAUAACGUUUGGGACAGUAAUAACAACAGCAAGGUACUCUUUUUGAAUUAUCCACUUCCUUUUGUAUUCCUUUCUUCUGCCUGCGCCUGUUAAAACAGUAGGACAAAGCACAGAUCACUGUGAAUCUUUUACAAAAAUAAAUAACUUUGGAUGA